AUUGUUAGAUAGUUUCUUAAUGCCUUAUAUCCAAACAGCAAGAAAAUAAUUUAGUCUUUUUUCUUUUAUAUUAGUAUAAACACUAUAGUAAAGCAAUAUGGCAGACGAAGAAGAUCCAUGGGGAGAUGACGCUGGUGGUGAUACGGAGGAAGUACCAGUAGCUACUCCAGCCACUGAAGCUGCACCUUCGAAAGCAGGGAGUGUGAUUUCUGAUCAUAAAUCAGAGAGUAUUGUUUUAGCAGAGACCCCAGCAAACGAAGCAAGCAUUGUCGAGGACGAAAUAGAGUUAAAAGCCCCCCCACUUCCGCCAGAAGAUGAUGGUUACAGGAAACCAGUUCAGUUGUAUCGACAUUGGGUGAGGCCAAAGUUUUUACAAUACAAAUAUAUGUAUAACUACAGAACCAAUUAUUAUGAUGAUGUAAUUGACUAUAUUGAUAAGAAGCAAGUUGGAGUGGCACGUGACAUACCAAGACCACAGACAUGGGCGGAACGUGUUCUUCGUACACGAAAUAUCAGUGGCAGCGGGAUUGAUUCAUUUGAACCAUCUACAAAGAGGGACAAACAAUUAAUUCAAACAUUGGCGGCCUCAAUAAGAACCUACAAUUACCAUACCAAAGCUUAUAUUAACCAAAAGUAUGCUAGUGUUCUCUAGUGGGCGUAACCUUCGCUUCUAUAGUAUACACAUGGAAAUAUUAUAAAAGAUUAGUUCACCUCAUUUCAUACACAAA